CCGAAAAUCCGUCUCAGACAAGGUAUAAGAAGUAGCAGGCCCGCGGUAGAGAACCAGAACCAAGACAACCACAACAGCCACCAUCAUCCCACAUCCAUUCCCAUAACCCAAUCGAAUAAACCAUGUCUGAGAACAUGUCCAAUGGCAGUACUCGCCCAACAAUCAGCGAAGCCACCCGCGCAAAAUGGUCCGGCAACCCCGAAGCAAUCGCCGCAACCUUGCCCUCAAUGCUCGACCUAACCAUCGAAAACAUCACGGAGAACGUUAUGAAGAUCAACUCGAUGUGUGAUAACCCGCGUUUGCGUUUUCUGAUUAUGAAGUUGGUCAAAGCGUCGCAUGAUUAUAUCAGAGAUGUGGGACUGCAGUUUGAUGAGUGGGAGCAGGCGUGGCAGUUUUUGACUAAGGUCGGCCAGAUCUCCACGGACGUCCGUCACGAAUUCGUCCUCCUGUCUGACAUCCUAGGAAUCUCUGCUCUGGUGGACGCCAUCUCAUACCCGUCUGUCCCAGGCGCAACAGAGUCCUCUGUCCUUGGCCCGUUCCACGAUGAGGAGGCGCAUUCAUUCCAAUACGGUGAAUCUAUCACCACAUCCGGCACACCUGGCGAACCGACAAUCGUGCAAGGAUACGUCAAAGAUACGGACGGCAAUCCCGUGAGCAAGGCUCUGAUUGACGUGUGGGAAACCGACGGUGAUGGGGUAUACGACCUCGAAUAUGAAGUGCAAGAAAGUGCAGAUCCGAACUGUCGUGGGAAGGUAGCCACCAAUGAGGAUGGCCAUUAUCUGUUCUCGUGUGUGAAGCCGGUGGCGUAUCCGAUUUCCAAUGAUGGGCCUGUCGGAGAGCUGCUGAGGACGCUGAAGAGGCAUUGGUAUCGGCCUGCUCAUAUGCAUUUUAUGAUCGAGCAUCCGCAAUAUUCCAGGUUGAUUACUGCUCUGUAUUCUCGAGACAGCAAGUUUGUGGAGAGUGAUACGGUCUUUGGGGUCAAGCAGAGUUUGAUUGUGGAUUAUCGCUGGUGUAAAGACAUGGAGCUUGCAGAGAAGCAUAAUGUUGAGCCCGUUCUGAAGACCAUUGAUGGACAGGAGAGUCAAGGGUUCUGGUUGCUGGAGCGGGACUUCAUUCUUGUGAAGAAAAGUCCUUUUGCGCCAAGGAAGACGCAGGAUGAGGUGGUUCGUUGA